AUGGCGUCUCGCUCUGCUCACAGACUUACCUCCUCCCUGCGGAAAUGGCUACUCUCCUCCCCACCGGCCGAAUGGGCGCUCAACCAACUCCGCGAACUCCUCAUUGGUGCCUUGCGCCAAGGGCCCGUUCCGAAACAUGUCGCCUUUGUCAUGGACGGGAACCGUCGCUUUGCACGAAACCACCGGAUCGAGACCGUCGAAGGACACAAUUUGGGCUUUGAAGCCCUGGCCAAGAUUUUGGAGGUGUGCUACAAGUCCGGCGUCCACACCGUGACGAUCUACGCCUUCAGCAUCGAGAACUUCAAGCGCAGUAAAUACGAGGUGGACGCGUUGAUGGCCAUGGCCAAGAUCAAGCUGAAGCAACUGGUUCAACACGGGGACUUGCUCGACCGAUACGGCGCCCGCAUCCGCAUCCUGGGACAGAGGGAAUUGAUCAAACCGGACGUGCUAGAGGCCGUGGACAAAGCGGUCGAAACAACGAGCCACAAUGACGGUAAAUGUGUCUUGAAUGUGUGUUUCCCAUACACCUCAAGAGAAGAGAUUACGACGGCGGUGAAAUGCACAGUGGAGCAAUGGAGCCAGCCUCUUCCCGAGGAGCAGCCAGCCAGCCAGAAGGACAGGCAAAGCCCCUUCCGCGAGGACCGGAUCGCCCAAGCCAUAAGGUCGGAACAGCAGGAUUCCCAGCACUCGACUGCCACAACGCACCUCUCGCCCCCCAGUAGCUUCCGGUCUCCGUCGUCAAGCACGACCAGCUUGUCAUCAUACUCCCCCGAUCUCGCGGCCUCGGACCACGACACCGAAUCUGUCUCCACAUCCACCACCCUCCACCACGACGACGCACCAGCACCCUUUUCUCAAACCCAGAAACCGCGCUACCCUCCGCCCGACUCCAUUACCGCCGAAACGAUCACCUCAAACACGUACACCUCGUCCUGCCCGCCCAUCGACCUCCUGAUCCGCACCUCCGGCGUUUCUAGGUUAUCAGACUUCAUGCUCUGGCAGUGCCACGAAGACACCGAGAUUGUGUUUCUCGACGUGCUGUGGCCGGAAUUCGACCUCUGGAGUUUCCUCCCCGUCCUGUGGGAGUGGCAGUGGCGCCGGCGGCGGGAGCAGAAGAUGGAACACGAGACGAAGACCCCGCGAACGGAAACAGGGACGAGCAAGGUGCAUGCUUCGUGA